CUGGGGUCCUAGAAAGGAGGGAGGGGGAGGGCAGAAACUUGAUUUCUUGGGGGAGAAUAAGGGCUGGGAGGGGUCCACAUUGCAUGUGGCUCAGUUCUUCUUUCCCCAGGCUUAGGAGGGGGCAUGAAACCUCAGAAACCAGGUGAGACAGAGACCCUGCCCUUCCGUCCCACCAUCUUAAUUCUGUCCCUGUCCAUCCCUGUCCUUGUCCCCAUCCCAAGUCCUCCCCCAAUCCACUGCUCACAUAUGGCUUUUCCUCUCCAGGACAGGGCAUGGGCCAUGGCCUGGGGGCCCAGCCAGGUGAGGGUGGCUAGGGCCCAGGCUGCUGGGGGAGGGAGAGAUCACUGCUGGCCACCACUCUGGGCUCCUAACAGGGGGCCUCUUAGAGGCUCACUCAUUCCACCAACUUUCCCAAGUGCCUGCCUGAGCCCGACCUUGGCUGCACACUGCAGACCGAGCCGGUCAACCCUGACCUGGCUGCAGACCCGCUGGGCCCAGUGCCCAAGCCAGGACCCCCAGGUGCUGUUGCAGGCUGUGGUCAGGACUGGGGGACAAUCCACCAGAGGUGGAAAGCCAGAGGACACAGCCCGAGGCUGGAGGCCUGGGGGGACUUGAACCUGGCAGUGGGACACACCUUUGUGGUUUUAAGCAGGGAGCAAAAGACCUUGUCUACCUGGAGUAGGCAGGGGUUGGAGAACUUGGGGAGGAGUCUGCUGGCGUUUCUGGGUGGGGGGUGGGCUUGGGUCCUGGCAUCCAGAGUGGGAGCAGGGAGGAGCGAGGAUGUUAAGACCCCAGGAAUCUUCUGGGCCAGAGGGAUGGAGGAAGGCUGGAUCUGGGAUCCCAUCUCUCAACCGCCUCAGUCUUCCCAGCCCUUUUCCUAUCACAGGUCCCCCCAGUGAGCUCCCCACCCCUCUUGUGAACCUAGCUAGGUUGAAUGGAGGGAUGUUGAAGGGGAGGGCAGGGGUCUGGGUAGGCGGGGAGGCUGGGGCUCACUCUCACGUCAGUGCCAUCCAGAUUUCCUGUGUCACACCCACCCCCCCAUAGGUCUCAUAGCUCUAAAUGGCUUUGGACCAGGUAGAGAGGGGACCAGGGCUGAGUUGGGGGGGGCGGAGACCCAAAGGUGGGGGUUUCUGGAAAGGAAAACGCCAGAAGCUAGGUGAGCCAUGCUCUGCUCUGUUGGGCUCUGUCUGUCAUCUCUGCAUCUGUGCUCCUGAUCUCUCAGGAGUCCUGAGACUCCUGAUCUCGCCUGAGUCCCUGAUCUCUCCUCAGGCCUCUUGCUCUGUCUCCCCGGGGUUUGGGACCGGGAAUGGAGCCCAGCCGGGUGCGACCCCAGAGGUCUAGGGGUGCAGGGCUCACCGAGGGGGUGGCUGAUGCAGGGGUGGAGGUGCUGUCCCUAGCUCUGAGGGGACGGGGAUCCGGGUGGACUCACCGGACAGUCUCCUUCUCUUCCCCAGGCCUCCGAGAACUGAAAUCUCAGAAGCCAGGAUUUGGGAAUAGCUACAGGCUGGGAGCCCAGCCAGGCAUUGCUGAGGCCAUGAAGCCUCAGAAGCCAGUUUAUAGGAAUGGGCUGGGAGUUGGAGCCUUCCCAGGUGAAGGGCCCCAGCCAGGCCUGGGAGGGGGCUUGAGCCCUCCGAAGCCAGGUCUGGGAGGGGGUUUGAAACCUCAGAAACCAGGAUAUGGCAAUGGCAAUGGGCUGGGGGCCCAGCCAGGGUACCAGCCUCCGAAUGGCUACAGACCAGCAGCAGAACUGGGCUUUGGUGGUGGCCUCAAGCCCCAGAAAGUCGGUGAGCCCCCGGGUCCCCAUCUUGGGCAUGAGCUAUGUCUCCCUCACAGUUUUGGUUACAGGAAUGGUGGUCUGGGAUCCGGGGUCUUCCCUGAGGCCCACGCACAGCCAGGGUUCCCUGGGACUGAUGGCUUUUGGAAUGGGUAUGAGAGGGCAGCAGUUGUGCGCCCCAAUGUGGCUGCUCCAGCCCCUGGAGGAAAUGGUCAGGCCGGGGCCCCGAGGGGCUCUCCCUGGCCCUCCCUCCAGCCCUGGGGGGCCAACUUGAGGCCUAGAUAUGGGGCCAGAGGUGCAUAUCCAGAGGUCAGGAGCCAGCCGGGGCCCUAUGGGCAGCUGAGGCCAGAGCUGGGCCCUGGGCCCUUAGGUGAGUGGGGGUCUCCCAGGGCCUGGGGUAAAGCUGGGGUGGGCAGGAGGACUGCGAAGUCGUCUGGUGACUGGGGUGCCCUGGCUUGUCUGUGUGCCUUAGGGGGCCCUGAGGUGAAGCGAGGCAGCAAUGGCCUGAUGGGAAAUGGCUAUGGAGGUGAGAGGGAAUGCAGGGCCCCUGCCCCCACUCAUCCCAUGCCACCAUCGUUGCCCCUCCAGGCUGCACUGGGGGACACCCCCAGCCCUCGGGGGGGACAUAUAGCCAGCUCUCAGGCUACCUGUGUGUGUCUGCUGGGUGACUGGCCUCAGAGGCCAGGGGAGGGAGAGGACUCAUGUCCCCCAGGAGGUAAGGAGGGAGACAGGGCUCACCACGGCCCUGCUCUGCCUCUUCCCAGGCUGCUGCCCUCUUGGGAAAUGCUGAGCUCCAGAGCAGAUUUACUGCCCACUCUGAGCUCCUCUGUAUCAGAGCCUGGUCUGCCUGGCGAGGCUGGCCAGACCCUCGGGCUUGGCCUCUGGCCUGGGGUCUCCUGUGGGCUGGAACUAUCAAUAAAGGCAAUGUGCUUCCCUGUUUGCCUCUGUGGGCUGUGUGCAGGGGAUCACUGUCUGGGUUGGGGGCCAGCUGGGGGCCCCUUAUUCAUUCCUUCAACAAACAUCAACACAGCUGUGUGCCAGGGGCUGUGCUCCAGAUGGGAGAGAUGUGAGAACUCAGGCCUGCCCUUGGGGAGGGGGGCAUCACGUGGUCACAAUCUGGCGAUGGAGCCAUGUCCAAGUUAGGGGACUUGUGCGUCAUUUGUGUUUUAAUUUAUAAUUAACUUAUUAAAAUGAUCCAACUAAAAAUCUCAUUUUCCUUAAGCCAUUAUACUUGCUUCCAGACCUCAUUUUAUUGAUUGACCUUAUAAUGUGGAUGUAAAACUCACUUCACAUUCUUUGAUUAGUACUCAAUUAGAUUAUAAAUUUGACAGAUCAGCUUCUCCCUAAAUAUUUAGCAUGCUUUACAAGCCUGAUUAAUUCAAUUCCCUUAGACACUUCAAAUAAUUACACACAUAAUCUACUUGAUCUCUUAACAGGGUGAGGGGGUGGCGUACGUGUGUACAAAUCCAACCAGCAACUUCUUCCUAAGCACUUAAGGGGCUUUUGGAAAUGAGCCCCUCUUGGAAAUGAAUAAAUUAGACAUUUAAUAUCUCAGAUUACUGAACACUUUCAAACAUUUUAAAAAGCCAGUUACUAAUCCAAUGUCAAUAAUCAGUGCUACUGGAUUGCUUCGUUUUCUCAUCCCGUGAUUAUAAGUUUAAUCACCCAGAAAUGUGGAAGCAAAUUACUCUCCUAGGCUGGGUCCAGAAUGGAGGUUGCACAAUUGGGGAUUGAUCUGCUAUUCUGAACUUUGACCAAGGGCUUGGCUAGUCCUGGAACCAGUCUCUUUGAGACUCUGUUCUGAGCUGUGCCUUCCCAAGCCUACACCUUUUGCAAUCUGGUGAAGUUUUGUCUUAACUGAAGAAUUCCAGCUGAAUAGAGUUGAGGGGAUUUGGCACCCUAUGAGGAACUCAGCUUGUCUUUCUGUGGCCUGAUUUAGGAUAACAAGUGUAGACCAAAAUCUGACUGCAGUAUGCACAAGGUUUUGGGUUGAACAACCUUGAGGAGUGUAAAUGUAUAAACAUUAUUGGAAUUCCAGACUGAUUUCUCUUAGCCUACCUCAUUUAAUUUGCUCUAUUUGAGAAUCAUUAUAGACUUUUGUU